UCGAACAAAAACAAGUCCGAACAUUUUGAUGAACGCGCACGUUUGACGCACAAAUCUGCGUAUGCACGCUACGUGAAUCGUGAACGAAGUCCAGGGAAAGUUAUCAUUGUACUGCCGUUUUCAUUGUUGUUGACAGAGAAGAAGGUCAGACCGCAGUCCAAAUGGGACUGUGUUGUAUUUGUGUUUCAACUUGAAAGGCAAACCAGUACGCCGGGUUUGCUAACACCAACAGACGACCGACAACGUCGCAGGAGGUGGGCACUCGCGUCGCUACGUCGGGGGAGGAAGUUGCAGCAGACGGCCACACGAACACGGUUGUGCCGCCCCACUGGCCUCUUGCUGUUUUGACGGCAAGCGAGAUGAUUUCACGUUUUUAACACGGACGGACACACAUCGCGGCAACAAUGGGCGCCGAGAACGCGAGCUUGGCGUUCAAGCUGUAUUGCCUGACUGUGAUGACCCUGGUGGCGGCCGCAUACACGGUGGCGCUGCGCUACACGAGGACGACCGUCUCGCCGGGGGAUCUCUACUUCACCACCACCGCCGUGUGCAUCACCGAGGUCAUCAAACUAAUACUGAGCACGGCGAUGCUGGCGCGGGAAUCCGGCAGUGUAAGGAAGCUGCUGGGCACCCUAAAGGAGCACCUGUUGGGCAACCCCAGAGAGCUGCUGAAGCUGAGUGUACCCUCGUUGGUAUACGCACUCCAGAACAACAUGGCCUUCGUGGCACUGAGCAACCUUGAUGCUGCGGUUUAUCAGGUGACAUAUCAGCUGAAGAUCCCGUGCACGGCGGUGUGCAUGGUCAUCAUGCUGAGCCACUCCCUCAGCAAGAAGCAGUGGUUCGCCAUCUGUACGCUGUGCCUGGGGGUCAUGCUUGUGCGGUGGAAGCCCGUAGACACCACCAAAGUCCAAAUUGAGCAAAACCCUUUUCUUGGGUUCAUGGCCAUCGUUGUUGCUGUGCUGUGCUCCGGGUUCGCAGGCGUGUACUUUGAGAAGGUGCUAAAGAGCUCCAACACAUCCCUGUGGUUGAAGAACAUCCAGAUGUAUCUGUCGGGUAUCCUGAUCACCCUGAUUGCGGUUGUGGUUACCGACGGCAAUAAGGUCAUGGAGAAAGGCUUCUUCUUCGGUUACACGCCCUGGGUGUGUUUCGUCGUAUUCCUGGCAAGCGUGGGUGGCUUGUACACGUCCGUCGUCGUGAAGUACACAGAUAACAUCAUGAAGGGCUUCUCGGCGGCGGCCGCCAUUGUUCUUUCCACCGUGGCGUCCGUCAUCUUGUUUGGAUUGCAUAUAACGACCACUUUCUCGUCCGGAGCCUUCCUGGUAUGCGUGUCCAUCUAUCUGUACGGCCUUCCAAAUAAGGACACGUCCACACUCAGCCAGGAAAGCACGCACACAGAGUCCCAAAAGAAACUGAUUACUGUGUGAGUCUGCAGACUUACUGAAGAUGGACCUCAGGAGGAGGAACCCUGCUAUUUUUCCCUCCCCAAUAAUCACUGAGUUUUAGUCAAUCAUUCUAGAAGAAAGAAUCCAUUUAUGUGGGUUCUGUCUGCACAGAGUGUAAAUGAAGCACUGCAGCACCACUUAUUUAAUCGGGGGGGGGAGUGAUUUUUUUAUUUUUUUUUUUGCGCUGUCAUUGUCACAACUGAAAAGAACUUGUGAUGGCUCUACGAAAGUGAAAUGUGACGCUGAUAAUUUGUUAAAAUCUCAAAGGUUGCACUGUGAGAAACACGAUAACGACCAACUGCAUUGAUUUCGUUUCUAGUGUGUCAAAUAUUCAUGUUCAUGUCUUUUUUUUUUUUUUUUUUCUUGUCUUUUUCCAACCCAAGUGUAAUGCAUAGAUUGUGAAUGUAUAGAACCUUUUCAUACUUGAAAUGACAAGGACACAUUACAGGACACAGUUGUAAAUGUCAACUCUCUCUUCUAUUUGCAAGUCCUUGAUCUAUAUUGUGUUAACUGAAGACUGAAUUGAAAUGUAAACAUUUGCAACAAAAAAGCUGGCAUGGAGGAGUGUACUCUGACCACAUUUUGAGGAACCGUAUUUUUUUUUUUUUUUUUUAAAAAACAGUCCUAACCUGUCCCUACCAAACAAGUCAAACCAGUCCAAAGAGUGAUGGGUUGCUGUUGUGUUACAAAUGAGACAAAUGCACUCAAUUAAACGGAUUUUUUUGUUUGUUUUUAAUUAAUAAUUGAAAUCAUGAUCAAAUUAAAUAUUUACAUUUUGUCAA